GCCUUUGAUGUGGUGGAGAAAAGCUACUUUAAAACAAUAGACGAUGCUCUGGCUGAAAAAGCUCACCUGUCCACCUACGCCACGCCACACAAUGAGAAUGUGUCAUUCCACCAGCUCUCUCCUCAGAGUCAGAAGGUGCAGGAACGCCUGAAGGAGCUGGAGCAGGAGGUGUCAGGAGGCGCUACAGCUGUGGUGGCGCUGAUUCUCAACAACAAGCUCUACGUCGCCAAUGUUGGUACCAACCGAGUCCUGCUUUGUAAGUCAAGCAUCGAUGGCCAGAACCAGGUUCUUCAGAUCGGUCGACCACACAGCACGGACAACGAGGAGGAGCUGCAGAGACUGGCUGCUCUGGGUGUGGAUGCAGCUCGUGUGAGACAAGCUGGACAGAUAACUGGACAGAGCAGCACAAGRAGGCUUGGAGACCACCGAGUCAAAUUUAACUACAAUGAAAUUGAUCUGCUCAGUGCUGCCAAAACGAGGCCCAUCAUCCCUGAGCCAGAGAUUCAUGGCAGCCACUCUUUGGAAGGCGUGACAGGCUUCCUGUUACUGAUGUCAGAGGGUCUCAUCAACGCACUUGAAUCUGCCCAUGGCCCUGAGCAGGUUAAUCAGGUGGUCGUAUCUAUCCUGUGUCGGUGCCGUACUCCAACAGCCAGAGCACCAGUAAGACAAGUGUCACCCUCUCACUGGUAAUGCCCUCCCAAAAUACCCUCGCCAAUGGGACCAACACUGCCUCCACCCUGGAGGAAGGCACCCCCACACCAGGCAGUCAGAGCCCCACAGCCACCCUGCAGUCCACCAACACCCAGACGCAGAGCUCCAGCUCCAGCUCGGGGGAUGGAAGCUUGUUCCGAAGCCAGAGAGGAAGCCAAGCAGCACAGCCUGAUGAGACGGGCAGGGUCCCGCCCUAUGUGGACUUCAGUCAGUUUUAUCUGCUGUGGGGAGCCAACCAAGGCGACAGCCAGAGCACACAAGGAGGCCUCGGACCCCAAUGAGAAGGACACAAAAAGGUCUGGAGUUUUUGGCAACAAGAAGACAUGUUUGAAGAAACACGUAGUGAUACAAAAUAUUUUAUCAUGGUAUCACAGCAGAAACCAAAUAACCUGAAGUUUUACGUGGACGUAACUAGAAUGAACUUACCUUCUCAUCAUUUUGCAAUGGAGUGCAGUGAGGCAAGUGUGUCACAUACCCCUGAUUAAUGUUUGCUCUUCUGUAUCAAGCAGUUGUGAUUCAAUAUAUAUUCCAGAUUGUAGAAAUUACUGUUGAAUGCAAAAGUAAUUACACAUUGCAAGUCCUUAAAAUGUAUUGAAUGGGAUUUUUUUAUUUGUAAGGAAAAUAAGAUAUGCAUUCAGAUUAUUCUACUUUGUGCUUAUUAUUUUCGCUGAAUGCUCAGUUUUAUUAAAUAUGUACAAAUGCUCUGUC